CGAGAACGGCCCGCGCGCCGCGUCCGGUCACGUGCGCGCGCGGUUGCCGGCGGAGCGGGCGCAGGGAUGAGGGUGAAGGUGCUGAGCCGCAAUCCCGAUGACUACGUGCGGGAGACCAAGCUGGACCUGCAGCGCGUUCCAAGGAACUAUGACCCUGCAUUGCAUCCAUUUGAGGUUGCACGGGAGUACACAAGAGCUCUGAAUGCCACAAAGCUAGAACGUGUAUUUGCAAAACCCUUUCUUAGCUCACUUGAUGGCCACAGAGAUGGAGUCAAUUGCAUGGCCAAACAUCCAAAAAGUUUGUCUACGGUGCUGUCUGGAGCUUGUGAUGGAGAGGUUAAAAUUUGGAACUUGACCAGACGACAGUGUAUUCGCACUAUACAAGCCCAUGAAGGCUUUGUUCGUGGCAUGUGUGCCCGUUUCUGUGGUACAUCGUUCUUCACUGUUGGUGAUGACAAAACAGUGAAGCAGUGGAAAAUGGAGAGCCCAGAAUAUGGAGAAGAAGAAGAACCUAUUCAUACAAUUCUUGGAAAGACAGUGUAUACAGGAAUUGAUCACCACUGGAAAGAACCUGUUUUUGCCACCUGUGGCCAUCAAGUGGACAUUUGGGAUGAACAAAGGACAAGCCCCAAAUGUUCUCUGACUUGGGGUUUUGAUAGCAUAAGCUGUGUAAAAUUUAAUCCCAUUGAGACUUACCUUUUGGGAAGCUGUGCUUCUGACAGAAAUAUUGUGCUAUAUGAUAUGAGAAAAUCAACUCCAUUAAAGAAGGUUAUCUUGAACAUGAGGACAAAUACAUUAUGUUGGAACCCUAUGGAAGCUUUCAUUUUCACUGCAGCAAAUGAAGAUUACAACUUAUAUACUUUUGAUAUGCGCUUUCUUGAAUCACCUGUGAUGGUGCAUAUGGAUCAUGUGUCUGCUGUUCUUGAUGUGGAUUAUUCACCCACUGGGAAAGAAUUUGUGUCUGCCAGCUUUGAUAAGUCCAUCCGCAUUUUUCCUGUAGACAAAGGUCACAGCAGGGAGGUUUAUCAUACCAAACGAAUGCAGCAUGUCAUCACUGUAAAGUGGACUUCAGAUAACAAAUACAUUCUUUGCGGCUCGGAUGAAAUGAAUAUUCGCCUGUGGAAGGCCAAUGCUUCUGAAAARCUAGGAGUGCUUGCRCCCCGAGAGAAGGCAGCCAUGAAUUACAAUCAGAAGCUGAAGGAGAAGUUCCAGUUUCACCCCCAGAUCCGGCGCAUAGCUCAGCACCGACACUUGCCCAAGAGCAUUUAUUGCCAAAUCAAGGAGCAGAGGAUCAUGAGAGAGGCUCGGCGGCGCAAGGAACAGAAUCGUCGUAAGCACAGCAAGCCGGGAUCUGUGCCAUUUGUGCCAGAGAGAAAGAAGCAUAUUGUGGCAGUAGUGAAAUAAUUCUUUUCACAUGUACAAAAUGCUACAAUGAAAGAAAAAUGUCACUGUUGAAAGAAUAAUAUACUGUACAAAAUUUGAUGGACAUUGGUAAGACAGCAUAUGGUUCCAGAAACAUGACUUUUCUUUCAGGUUUGUGCAUCCUCUGACUUCUUAAGUCGUCAUCUGCUCUGAGUAGUUAGGAGAAUUUGCCUUGUAAUCUUUUAUUGCCCUUUGCCUGACGUUAGUGACCCAACACUGUGUUGCAGUGKAGUUUGACCCUUUUGAUACAAGCAAAUAACUUGGUGGAGGAUAUCUGUAAUUCCAGUUUUAUUCCUUGGUUUCUACAAAAGAAGGAUGAAAUAGGUUAAUAUUUGUUAGAGAAAAAAAACCUGCUCCAUACACAGUUGCAAAAAUGGUCUCCCUUAUGCUGUCUUUUUUWAAAAAUAUUUUUAUUUAAAUGAAUUUAAUAAAAUAAACAAGUGACCUUAAGCAAUGGACUAGAUUUUGAUUAUUCCAACUUCUGAAUAUUUUGCUUUAUAUGUCUUAUAAUACAAUAUGAAUUUUUUUAAUCCAAAAAGAAAUUCAACAGAAUUUUCAGACAUGUGUAAACAUAUUUAUAAUUUCGCUCUGGUUUCUUAACUGUUGUUACAUAACUUGACCAAACUUCGGACUGUUAAGUUGCUACUAUUGAAAAUUAAAUAGUUAAAUAACUUUUUAAAACUUAGAAAGUCUGGAUGAAAAAUGACAUAAAUUGUAUAAAUCUCACCAUAAUCUCAUCUCAUAGAUGAAAUUUGUUGGAAGCCUUCUGUUUUAAGUUUGUUGAAGAAAAAUGGAAGCUUCACACUUCACAAGGUAUCUGUAGCCCGAAGCUCCUUUGCAGUGUGCCUGGGAAAUGCUCUGCUUCUCUUCCAGUGGGAUAACAGCCUUUAUCUGAAGAUGCCAAGGUGAUCAGAAAACUAUGCUGGAGUUAAACGAGGUUGUCUAGACUGAAGAGAAAUAUGAGAUGUGGAAUAACCYUAAUGUUGCUUAACAUCAUCUGUACAAAAAGAUCUUUCUAAGUCUUAACACUACAGUCUGGAAUUAUACUCUCCUUGCCCUGAGCUUAUGCACAAAAAAAAAAAAAUAUGAACUCAAUUAGCGUAAACUUUACACUUAAUUUUGUUUUGAUCAGAUUGAACACUUUGAGCACUUGUCUUCAUGUAGUAUUCGGUUUAAUGUAUCUAUUUGACACUAAUCUUUAUGCAUUUCUAGUUCUUACGCUUUAACUUGUCUAUUGCAGUACCAUUUGUGCAAGAUUCCUGAAUGAUCAUGGURAAAUCAUGGCUCUGUGAUAAGAGGCCAUAAUGUAUCUUUUACUCUCUGGGUCACCUACCUUAUGGAGUGAUGCGGAAGAGAAGCAGAUCUGAAAAGCUAUAGGUAGGAUGAUGAGAAGGACUGGAACAGAUCAGGGAAUAGGCCGAUACUGGCUGUGUGCCUGUUGUACUAAUACAGUGCACUGUGUGCCAAAUAGAGUUUAUUUUCUCCCUGAAAUACUGAAAAAAUUGAGAGAGUAUGCAAUCUAAAGUAUGGCUUGUGACACAGCUGUAGUCAAGUCUUGCACAAUUUGCAAAACCAGACUAAUCUCCUGAAAUGUGAUUAAAAAUUUUCAGCCUUGUCAGUUUAGCUUGAGUUGAAGUUGUUGAUUAUUGAUUUAUUGAGUCAUGAUAACCUCUGGUUGUGAACAAGCCUGGUGCUUGGAAUUUCUGAGCUUUGGUGCAGAACUUUGCAUGUAAUGAGAGCUUUCAGUUCUGCAGUUAGGUUAUGGUGAUGUAUUGGUGUGGAGCAGUUGGCAUAAGCCAUGUCCAAAUGAUCUCCUCGUGUUCUACCAUGUUUGUCCACUGUUGCUUUCAGAGAGGAUCUGGAUGGUACAACUCAAAGGAUCAGGGUUAGCUGCAAAUUGCUAGAAAGUUUGUAACGAUGCUGAAAAAAGGAAUUUUAAAGUUAGGAGUGUACUUGGAAUCUGUGCAUUCAGUUUUAAUUCCUUUUCCAAAAUCACUGGGUAUAGGUUUACACAGAGAUUGGUCUUGGCGUCAAAUGGGGCACCCUCUUAGCAUUCCAGGAAAAAGUCUGUUUUCAAAAAUCAAAUCUUGCUCUAACUUCUAGAAAUAUACUAGUUGUAAAACCAGCAUAGGUUUGAGCUGGAGUGUCAGUCGGAAUUUUGCAGAUGGCAGUUGCUGUCUGUCAGUUCAGAGGAUCCCUGGCCAURGAUUUGUACACUGUUGGCCUAGCUCAUGUUGAUUUAUCCCUUUUGGAAACCCUUAGAUACCUUUGUGAUAUCUGUCUCUGAUACCUUUUGCGGUCAUCCACCAAAAGUACAUCAUGCCACAAUUCUAAGAGCAGGGGUUUUCAAAUUUAAAUGUAGUUGCCAGGUCGUAGCUGUGCUUACAAGAAGUGCUCAUGUAAGUCUGUCACAGGCCAUUACUGAAAUGAUUUAGAAAUUAAAAUAAAGGAGCUGGAGCCCUUAAUUGUUUUUUUUAUUUGAUGGGGGGUUUUAAAAUAUUUUUCCCUCAGUUAUUUAAGUGGUGUAAUCAGACCUCAUCUUAAUGACCUUAUUGGAGUUACCUAGAUUUAUUAAAAUUAUUAUAUGUAAAAAGACUAUGGAUACGUAUAUCUGUGUGUAUGUGUACCCAAGUGUAUGCAGAAUAAAAUCCUUAGCAUCACAUAAAAUACUGAAAAUCUAAGGCAAGUGGUAGUGUUUCCUUUCAAAAUUUUGGUGUUGAUGAUUGAGGAAAAAAAGGAGAUGAUMGAUUAUUUGCUAAACAAAUGCAUUGCCUCUAGAUCUGCUGAUUUAAAAAAAAAAAAAAAGAGAUAACUUCUGUAUAUGUUCUUCCUAUGGAAAGAUACUUAGGGAGUGUUUUGAAAGGGAAAUAUUUUUUAUUGCAGAAAUACUUAAAUCAGUAUUCAUAGCCUUGGUCAAUUUUAGCUGUUUCAUGAUACAGCAGCUAUGGAGUCAUCAAUGUUUUAUUUCUGUUUUAUCAUAGCCAGACUAUGUAAUGAAAGAGAUAUUUGAAUAAAGUAAUUUCUUUURCUCUCCAUAUAUUGUAGAUACCUGAGUGGC